AUGGAGAGGAGGGGUAACUUCCUCCGCCCCCCGGCCCCCGACGACGCCGCGGCCGCCGGCAGGAGCAACACGUUCCCCGCCGCCGGGGACACGGGCCACACCAACCUCACCUCCUCCUCGGGCUCCUCCUCCUCCUCCACCGUCACGGGCGACCCUCUCGACUUCCUGGGCCAGAUCCAUGCGGCCUGCAAGCGCCAGAGGCCUCUCGGUACAACACAGCGUGCAACUCGUAUCCUGUUGCCUCGAGGUGAGGGGCCGGCGAAAGCUGGUACCAGCCCUUCUGUUAGAGAGAGUUCUGGAGGAAUGGCUAUGCAGAAGCAGAGAGGCGUGCUGGCGGCCUCCAGGUUGCAAAAGGUGUCACCUGAUCAAAAGGAUGUUAACGCUGGUGCAGGAGUACUGGCAUCAAAUCAAAACGACAUGUUGACUACACCUUCCAUGUUGAGUACUAUCACAGAUGGCCAUAAUCAGAUUGCUGGUCAAAACGACCAGCAGAAGAAUGAAAUGGAUGUGUUUGUGGACAGGAAUAAGUCGUCGUUAGAUGUUUCUUCAUCUCGGAUCACAUCUCGAAAUGCAUCAGUGGCCGUCGGUUUCAAGAAAGAUCAGUUUUAUUCAGUUGGCGAUUCACACUUAACUUCUCAGGGUGAGAAUGUAGGAGUAACCACUGACAGUAGAAUGGACAGUAUGUUGUCUUAUCUGCAUUCUGUUUCAUUGUCAGCAGGAGAUAAUUAUCAUGUGGCUCAAGCAGCACAUGAUCAAGGCGGGAAACAUCAGAAGCUUGAGCUAGCUGGUGCACCAGUUGAGAUGGAUGUCAAGUAUGAUGCAGCAAAUUUGCCUCAAAAAGGGACUGAAGAAGCUUGUAAUCAGAAUCAUGGAGAGCCAAUGACCCGUUGCUCUGUCGUUGGUUCUUCUGUUACUGCUGUAUCACUACAUUCAGGGCAAAAUACACGAGUUCCUCAGAGUAGCCGAUAUGCUUCGCCAAUGCAGAUGCCUGAAUGUACAGUGGAAUCAUCUGCAGCUAUACCAGGUAGUGUCCCUCCCAAACAGCAAGAAGCUGCAAUGCCAUCAAGUGUUGGUGAUUGGAAUCCUAAAAACCAUCAGGUUCCUAAUACAACGGACAAAGCUGCCCCUGGCAAUGGAGGUUUGCCAUCCCAAGGCCAAGGGUUAUCUGCUAAUGAACAAUCUACGUCUGCCAAGGAUGGGGGUACUUCGCAAGCAAACAGGGAUCAGAAGGAGCGCCGAAAAAAGGGUUAUGAUCCUGAACAUUUCUUUAAGGUGAACGGGAAACUUUAUCAGAAACUUGGUAAAAUAGGUUCUGGUGGCAGCAGUGAAGUUCACAAAGUUAUAUCAAUGGAACGUGCAAUAUACGCCCUGAAAAAGAUAAAGCUUAAAGGUCGUGACUACCCGACGGCAUAUGGCUUUUGCCAAGAAAUCGGUUACCUAAAUAAGCUGAAAGGAAAGAGUAACAUCAUACAGCUAAUUGAUUACGAGGUCACUGAUAAAAAUUUACUUAAAGAAGGCCCUAUCUCACCUCGGGAUGGAAAAAUUAAGGAUGAUCAAUACAUUUACAUGGUCCUUGAGUUUGGCGAAAUUGAUUUAGCACAUAUGGUUGCUCAGAAGUGGAAGGAGAGGAACAACUCAAAUAUGAAAAUAGAUGAAAAUUGGCUGCGGUUUUAUUGGCAGCAAAUGCUUGAAGCAGUCAAUACAAUACAUGAGGAACGGAUAGUGCAUUCCGAUCUGAAGCCUGCAAAUUUUAUGCUUGUGAAGGGAUCACUGAAGCUAAUAGACUUUGGCAUUGCCAAAGCUAUAAUGAAUGAUACGACAAACAUUCAGCGUGAUUCUCAGGUAGGAACACUUAACUACAUGUCACCCGAAGCAUUGCUAUGUAAUGAGCAAGAUUCAAGUGGUAACGUUUUCAAGUGUGGUCGGCCAACUGAUAUCUGGUCUCUUGGAUGUAUUCUUUAUCAGAUGGUGUAUGGUAAGACACCAUUUGCAGACUACACGACUUUCUGGACCAAAUUCAAAGCUGUUACCGAUAGGAACCACAAGAUCAGUUAUGAACCGGUCGACAACCCAUGGCUUAUUGAUCUCAUGCAAAGGUGCCUGGCCUGGGACCGAGACGAACGGUGGAGAAUACCUCAGUUGCUUCAGCACCCGUUUCUUGUCCCUCUCGUGCCACGGGAUUUGCCUCCCAUCAACCCUGAUCCUGAUCCGUGCAGCAUGCUGAUGGACCAGCUCAGACCACACUGGGACAAUCCCGAGGUUGCCAGACUUUGCUCCGAGCUUCGAGACGUGAUUGCAAAGUGUGAGGAGGAUCAAAGCAGUCAAAGCACUAGAACGUAA